CGAUGUCCCGCCUACAUGCGUCCCUUCCUGAUUGGAGGAUACGUCUUGACGUCCCGCCCAUCUGCCCACGCUCAUUGGGCACAGGCACCACGGCGCUUAGAAAAAUCGCAAUGUUAUUGGUCAGAUUGGCUGUCAGUCACCGGGCCGAGGGCCGAAGUGCCGGAUGGCAGCGACUCCCCAGAAAGGAGAAAGGGCCUUAUUUGGGGGUGCGGCCGCCGUGCCCGACCAGGGCUGAGGAACGGCAGCUCCUCUAACCUCGCUGUGAAGACCUGCUAUGAACAUAUAUUUUCCGUAGAAUUCCAGAUAAGUGUAUAUGGAGCACAGCUGUCAUCAGAAGCUUGCAGAGAGCUGGGCUUCUCCAGUAACUUGCUGUGCAGUUCUUGCAAUCUUCUUGGACAGUUCAAUCUGAAUCAGUUGGAUCCAUUCUGCAGGGAGUGCUGCCAAGAAGAAGCUCAGUUGGAAACUAGAAAGCUUUAUGCAGGAGCUGUCCUAGAGGUAUGUGGAUGAAAAUUGGGAAGGUUCCCUCAAGUCCAAGCUUUUGUCAGGAGUGAUAAGCCAAAGCUCUUCAGGGGACUGCAAAUCAAGUAUGUGCGUGGUUCUGACCCUGUACUAAAGCUGCUGGAUGACAAUGGGAACAUUGCAGAAGAACUGAGCAUCCUCAAGUGGAAUACAGAUAGUGUGGAAGAAUUUCUAAGUGAAAAAUUAGAACGUCUAUAAAUCAUUGCUUUCCAUCCUUUCUCUUUUUCAUAUUUUGUCAUGGUAAUCUUCUCAGAUGAAUUGUCCUACAAUUGAAAACACAUUCCAGCUUCUGUAUUUGUUUUAAAAUAUCUGUUGUGCUGUACUAAACAUCUUGUAAUUAGAAGGGAAGCUUCAGCACACAUAUCUGACAAGUUGACAAACAAUAGCUUGUCUUAACAUUAUUAUUUCAGCUCUUAAUGCAUUUAUCACUAACAAAAUGCCUCGUUUUAAAGUUAAUUAUGCAAAUAUCAGUUUGUUAUAAUUGGACCUCUUUUUACAAAUGCUCUUAAAAUCGAAGAGCUUCAAAUAAUUGAAAUGAUCGCCAUACUUUUUGUCUGCUGCUUUUUCUAAGGAAGUCAGAACCAAAUGCAAUCUUCUAUCUCCCAAAGAAACUUGGCUACUAAUGCCCUCUUCUUUUUUUUUGUAUUUGAACUGUCCUUUUAUAGAAGCAUUGUUUGCAGUGAGUAUCUAGUUCACAGGUUUUGAAGCUGAUGGAGGAACUCAUGCUCUGAUACUGUGAAACAUUUAGUAAGCACACUUUAGUGAAGACUACAUAGAAAACCUCUGAGGUAUAUGGAAGUCAGAUGUCAGGUGUGCUUUACAUUAAGUGUUUUGCUUCAGAAAACGUGAGCUAUAAGUUUUGAAAAAGCUUUCCUUCUAAAUAAUAAACUUUCAGAAAUGUAUUGUAAGCCUGUUUAUCAAAUUAAUUUAGAAGCUGUUCUUUUAAAAUGUAUAUUUUUCUUUCUCACUUGAAAUUUAUGUGAACAGGGAAUAUAGACAGUACGUAUGAUAAUGGGUCAAAUCCAUUAAUACUUGUCAGGUUUUUCCAGUUAGAAUCAAUAAAUAUGGUAAUCAAGAAUAAUGUGGGUUUUUUUCUGAAGUCUAAUGAGUAAAUAAAUUUUCCCUUUAACUACUUAA